UGUAACAUUUACUGAUUUUCAUGAGACAAGCAGAAGUUCUAAUCCUCUCUGGUACUAGCUGGGCCCUGGAACUCUCUGAUGUCAUCAAUAGGUCACAGAACACUGCUGAGACCUCAGUAAUAACUGGUACCCCACCAACCAUGGUACGAUACUGAGCAUUACAGAGGACAGUGAUCUGGUAAUAGAUAGCGUCUUAGGUGAUUUGUUGUUUGUGGAUGUAUAAAUUUCAUUCCUUAACAUCAUUAACAAUUCUCUGAGAGCAGUCUCAGAAUCUUACUUGAUAUUAGUAGUCCUCUGAAGAAUUGAACUAUGAAGCACAAAAAGAAGAAGAAACACCUGGAGGAGAAAUUCUUACAGCAGCCUGGAAAAAAGUCAAAAUAUAAAAAAGGUCUUGAAUCAUCUAAGAUGCUUCUAAGUCAAGAUUUGAUGGAGAUGGGGAAUUCCUCCUUCGUGCCACAUUCUCACAUCCCUUCCUCCUCAGCCCAUAACCCCUCUGUGUCUGCAGCAUCUACUGAGAAGAAAAGAAUAAUGAAUGUUUAUUACAAGCCUGUCCCAAUGAAAAGGGGUGUGGCAGCUUUGGAGGAUACAGAAGAUUUGCAGCCCCCUGCAAAGAUGAUAAGAAUAGGAAAAGUGACCUGUUCUGAGAGGAUCACUUCAAAAGCCAGCCUCCCUUACAUGCCCCUAGCAGGUAUCCUAAAGGAUGGUAAGGACAGUUUGGAUAUUGAAUGGCAAGAGGAAAGGGGAAAGCCUGAGGAGCAGCCUGAGGAUCUGGCCCAGGACUCAGGUCCCAGUGCCAAAACACCUGCAAAGCUGGAGGAAUUGUAUAGUGGCUUUAGGUGCAUGGGAUGCUGCCAGGUGUUCCCCAAUUUGCAGAUGCUCAAGAAACACCUGCAGCAUGGGGCUGAGGAGGGUAUUUCCUGUCUUGAUCUUGCAUUUGCCAAACUGAGGAACAAAAGCAAGAUAAGCAAGAUGUCAAGGAGGAAGAACAAAAAUAUCACAACAGCCUGUAAUGAUAUGGAGAUCCUUUUGUGGUUCUUGUUAUUUUUGGUUUUUUGUACCUUUUUGGUUUAUUAUUAUAAUACAUAGAAACUAAAUCAUUCUCCUGUUUCUGUCAAUAAUAAAUGCGAGGCCCUAACCG